UAAAUAAAGAACAGACGCUUAAAUUUUUUUAAAAAUGCGACCUUUCUGUUUACAUUCAAAUUUUUAAUUAAUUUUUUACUAUAAUUUAAAUUUAAAAAAAGUGUAAUUACGUAUAAAAAUAUAAUUUUUCAAAUCAGUUUAUUAAAAUAAAUUUCCUUGUUUUUUAAAAAUUUCAUUCUAACAGAAUUUAAAUUUUUCCCGCUUGAAUUUUAAAAUCCGGAUAUUGUCGCUCAAGUUCGUUAGUCACCGGACUGCUUCGGUUGCCUCCGUAUAAUUUGAAUUAAAAGUUCGUUAAAAUAUUCUAUGGCGUAUUCUGAGCGAUUUUAAAAAUAAUUACAAGUGUUUUCAAAGUAAUCAGUAAAUAAUCAAAUGUAAAAAUGUCAAGUAAAAUGAAGAAAGAAUGUCAUAAUAAGAGCUAUGAUAUUAUUUGUGACAUCCGUCGUGGUGAAACUAACAAAGUAAUAGAACAAAUAAGAGAACAUGGUCUUCAGUACUCGCCAUCAUGGUUACAAGGUUAUGUUUUAUUGCGGGAAGCUUUGAUAAAUAAAAAUAUAGCGGUAGUUAAGUUCCUGUUAUCAAAAAACCCAAGAGUAAACCAUCAUAACAAUCUAGCAACUAAUACUCCGCUGCAUCUAGCAGUUGUCAAUGGGUACAGAAGCAUCGUCAAGGAAUUGCUGGAACGAGGUGCUGACAUAAGAGUCGUAAAUUCUCAAGGUAAAACUCCACUUGAUCUUGCCGUUGAUAAAAAAUUCUUAUCGAUAAUUGAAUUAAUUAUUAAUAAAAAUGUAAAUGAUGAUCUGUCACUUACGUUUUCUAAGUUGGAAGAUCAUAAAUUGUUACAUAUCGCUGCUAAAUCUAGCGUAAUUAUCGUUAAGAAAUUAUUAGCUAAAGGUCUUGAUGUUGAUUCGGUCAGAGAUGGAAUGACUCCCCUUCAUCGCGCGGCUCAGAGUGGCUGCUUGUCGGUUGUCAAUUGUCUUAUAAAUAACAAAGCGGAUGUCAAUGCCGUAUCAACUAAUAAAAGUUAUCUUGGAUACUCAGUUCUUCAUUUUGCGACAGAUGCUGAAGUUGUUGAGCUGCUCAUUAAAAAUGGCGCUCGUGUCAAUGGAACCCGUAAUGAAUUAUCGCCACUUUGCUGUGCAAUAAAAAGGUGCAACGAUGACCAAGUUGUCAAAGUUUUGCUGAGCAAUGGGGCCAAUGUCAAUGCUGUAGUAAAAAACAAACUUACAGCACUCCACUGUGCUGUCACUCACAAAAAAGAAGCUGUAGUUGAAUUGCUACUAGACCAUGGAGCGGACAUCAGUGUCAAAGAUAACGAAGGUCGCAAUAUUUUGAAUUUUGCGUAUGGCUGUUAUACGUCAUUAAAAAUAUGGGAGAUUCUUGUAAAUCAUGGAGCUGACGUUAACGCAUUAGAUGAAUCGACAGCAGAGAAUAAACAAUCGUUACUCCAUAAAGCGGUCAAGCACAGGAGAGUUGAUUUGAUUCAAUUUUUAAUUGAUAAUGGCGCUGAUCUAGAUGCUGUUGAUUCCACAGGAGUUACGCCGAUAUUUUAUUCAAUAAAAGAGUACUUCCCUUCUCGACUACUUACACUGACGUUACUCCUGGAUGCUGGUGCGGAUGUAAAUUCCAAGGAUUUGAAAGGCAGAACUCCACUUCAUCUUGCUUGCAAAUAUCGCCGCGUUGAUGAAGCUAAGAUUCUUCUUAAAUUUGGCGCUGAUAUAAAUGCACUGAGCAAUAAUAAAUAUUUACCUGUUCAUUAUUCCGUAUCAAAAUUAGUCAAUGGUGUAGAAAAUGAAACUGAAGUUAUGAAUAUAAUAAAUUCAUUGGAUAUUAUAGAUCAUAUUAAUAAGCACGCUGCUCUUCUGAGGACGGCGGGUCUGCCUGUUGGUAAAAAAUAUCACAAAAUGAAUGUCGUUAAAUGCUCAUGCUGCAAAGAGAAGUUUGAUUUUAUUCGCGAUUUUACUAACGAGCUGAAAAAUUUAAGGAGUAGUUACAUCACUUGCAAAAUCACAUUUCAUGAUCUGCUUACUAAAAGCGUCCAAGAGUUAGCUGUCUACAAAAAAAACCCAGCGAUAAUGAAAGCUAUUGAAUCUGUUGAUAUUUUGAAAAAUUAUCCUUAUUACGGGGGUUUAAUCAAACGUAAUUUAUUCGAUGCUUCAAUCAGAGCUGAGUUAAUUAAAAAAGCCAAUGAACUUGAUGUCUAUCGAGUCUUCCCAGAAAUUCCGAUCGAUUGCUCAGAUCACAUUUUUAAAUUUCUCCAUAAUAAGGAUUUUAAAAAUCUUAUUGAUGCUUUGUAAAUUAUUUUUUUUUUAUUUAUAUAGACUAUCAAUUGAAAUUUGUUACUCGUUGCUGGCGACGAUUAUUUUUUACUAUAAUUUACAAAGUUUUAUAUUUACAUAUUAUUUAUUACCAAGUCAUGUUUUCUUUAUGUUAAUUAAUUAAUAUUUAAUAAUUAUUGUCAAUUAUAUAUUUUUAAUUAAAAGAAUCCAUUAGUCAAAUGAUUCUAUUAAUUAAAAUUUUAAAAAGUAUUAGCAAGAAAAAUUUUACCAAAAAAAAUUAGAGCCCUGACGGUUUGAAGUACUGACAUAUAUAUUUAUAAUAAAUUUAAAUCACUUUUUCUUAUUUCUUUAAUUAGAAAAUUUAUAAAUAAAAAAAUUGUACUGAUAAAAUUUAGCGACAGUUAUAAUUAAGUCUUUUAUAUUUAUAUAUUUAUUACGAAUUUAUGUUUUCAAUUAUAUGUUUCUAAUGCAGAUUACUAGUAGUUGAAUAAUGAUAUCAAUUAAAAUUAAAACAAAGUAUUAAAAAAAAAAAAAAAAC